UAAAAAGAUGCUACAAUCACUUAAACUACGUACACCAAAUGCUACCUCCUCAAGUUAAUUUCUUCAAAUUACACUUCUAUUCUUCUAAGUUUUGUUAUUCUCCGUUCACCUCCCCUCAUUUACUUUUGCCGCGUUCUUCUUCUUCUUCUUUUUUUUUUUUGGUUUUGUAGAUUAGAUUUUCCUUUUCCACCCAAAAAUGAUUACUAUUACUACUACACCCACCAAAGCGUGUCCAUAGAUUCUUCAAGUGCCGUGCAUUAUUGUUUUUCCCAUAUUCAUUCUUUCUAAAUGACCAAAACAACCCUACCCUUUACACUUAUCAUCCCUAAAAUCCCUUAAAAUAUAAAGGGUAUUAACGGAAACUCAUUAAUUUCCAAGUCAAAUAGUAUUUAUCUAUCUAUAUACCAAUUAUUCCCAUGUCAUGUCAAACUUUGAGCUAGUGCAAGCCUUUCAUGUGUAGCUUUCGUUUCCAAAUAGAACAAGAAAAAAAAUAAGUAAAACAAACAAAUAAAAACUUCAAAUGCUUGUGACUUGUGACUUAUUAUAAGCACUUAACUAUGGUUGGUUUUAAACAUGUGUAAAAGAAUCAAAAGCAUUGACCAUAUAAAGGAUAUCCUUAAUAUGAGAAAAUCAAAUUUUAGAUAGAACUUUCAUCUUCAAAUAAUUUCAUAUAAAUUGAAUUGUUUCUUAUUUUUAUUUUUAUUUUUAUUUAUGUUUAUGUUAUCUCAAUGCAAUUGAGAUUGAGGCCGCAUCAAUUAUAUUUGACUGUAAUUAUCUGCAAUAUCAAGAAUCGUGGCGCCAACGAUAAUAUAGUAGGUGAUUAUUAAGUUGAUGUGUAUAUAUCUAACAAUUAGACAUGUUUUGUAAAAGAGAAAAUAUGGAGGAUUUCAAGGAAGAGAAUUGUUAUGUGGAAACUGACCCAACUGGUCGCUAUGGCAGGUUUGGAGAUGUUCUUGGGAAAGGAGCAAUGAAAACGGUAUACAAAGCAAUUGAUGAGGUUCUUGGAAUAGAGGUAGCAUGGAACCAAGUUAGACUCAAUGAAGUACUUAAUACACCCGAUGAUUUGCAGCGCCUUUACUCGGAGGUUCAUCUCCUAAGUACCCUCAAACACCGAUCAAUCAUGCGAUUCUACACAUCUUGGAUUGAUAUUGAUAACAAGAACUUCAACUUUAUUACAGAAAUGUUCACAUCAGGAUCACUUAGAGAAUACCGGAAGAAAUAUAAACGAGUAAGCUUACAAGCAAUAAAGAGUUGGGCGCGCCAAAUCUUACAAGGCCUAGUUUUUCUUCAUGGCCAUGAUCCACCUGUAAUUCAUAGAGACCUAAAAUGUGAUAACAUAUUUGUCAAUGGCCAUCUUGGACAAGUGAAAAUUGGUGAUCUUGGAUUAGCUGCAAUUCUUCAAGGUUCUCAAUCAGCUCAUAGUGUUAUAGGUACACCGGAAUUCAUGGCACCGGAAAUGUACGAAGAAGAAUACAAUGAACUUGCUGAUGUGUACUCAUUCGGCAUGUGUGUAUUAGAAAUGCUCACAUCUGAUUAUCCAUAUAGUGAAUGUACUAAUCCAGCACAGAUUUAUAAGAAAGUGACAUCGGGAAGGCUACCAAUGUCAUUCUUCCGCAUUGAAGAUACUGAAGCGCGGAGGUUCAUUGGAAAAUGUUUAGAGCCUGCAGCAAAGAGACCGUCUGCAAAAGAUUUGUUGCUUGAGCCCUUUCUUUUAGCCGAUGAUUCGUCGUCAGACAAGAAGUUAGCAAUUCAGAAGCCAUUUUUGAAUGACAGUGAGAUGGAAAAAUUUCAAUUAAGAGAUGAAUUUUCUAAGACUCAAAUGAAAGUAAUUGGAAAGUUGAAUCCUGAAGAUGAUACUAUCUUUCUCAAAGUGCAAAUUUCUGAUAAAAAUUGUUCGGUUAGGAAUGUAUAUUUUCCCUUCGAUAUUCUAACCGACACGCCAAUUGAUGUUGCUAUGGAGAUGGUAAAAGAAUUGGAGAUUUCUGAUUGGGAUCCUUAUGAUAUUGCAAAUAUGAUUAAUAGAGAGAUAUCUGCUUUGGUACCACAUAGAUGGAAAAGUGAUUGUUCAGAUUCCUUCCAUACAUUCAAUUAUCAAGAUGAUGAUGUCGAUGAAAAUCGUCUGCAUUUCCGCUCGUUCUCUUCUAGUUCAUCUUUACAAGAAUUGAUACCGGAUUUAGUCAGUAAAAACGAGGAAAUAUCACACGGAUAUUAUUUGCUCCAUGAUGAUUUACAUGAUGAUAACAGUUCAAGAUGCUCUUCACAAGGGACAUAUUCAAAUUGGAACUACUAUUCUAUGGAUGAUUAUGAACACAAUGCAGCUUCAAUCCGAAAAGAUCCUAAACUUCCUUUAAUAAAGAAUCACAAUAAAGGCACAAGGUUUUGUCCUGGUGAAGAGUUGAACAAUUGUAACCAGUAUAGAGUUUCAGGAGGAUCACAGAAUCCUUCACCUAGUAAAGGUAAGAUGAUGAUGGAAAACCGAAAACUGACACGGAACAGGUCAUUGAUCGAUACGCGGAGCCAAUUGCUACACAAAUCACUUGUUGAUGAGUUGAACAAAAGGAGGCAAUUCAAGACAGUUGGUUCUGUGGAGAAUAUUGGAUUUCAGUCACCUUAUGAUGAUUCUACAAAAUAGUCACAGAUUAUAUCUAUUGCCUUAAUAAGAACACUUAAAAAGUAGUGUGGUAUGGUAGAAAAAAAUUUAAGAUAUAUUGUAAUGUUUAGAAAUGAGUGUUUCUUGAACAUUGAAAGUUAAAUAGAUUAAAUGUAUAGUCUUUUGUGUUAUGGACUUGAGAAAGUUAUCCCGUUUAUUUGUUAUGAUAUGUUCAAAUUUAAGGCAUGUCCGGUGUUCAAUACAUGUCAAUGUCCAUGAGAAUCGAUGUUUUGGUGCCUGCA